GCGAGCCGGCCUCUUUGAAUUUAAUUUAUUACAAAAAUCUUUAACAAGAAAUGGAUGAAAUAGAAUAUAAAUUGAAAACAAAUAAUAGUGUUCUUAUAGUGAAUGCGAUAGACAAGUUGUUAUCGACUAUAAAAGUGAAAUAUAAGGUUGGCGAACGGCAGAAGUUCGUGAUAGAAAAUGAAGAGUUGAAGUAUCUGAGAGAGAAAUGUUCAGCUCCUGAACACAUGGUCAGCUUGACGGCGUGUCAGGGGCUGUUGGCUUUAGUGGAGCUUGGGGUGUUAGAGAUAGGCCACACAAUGUCCACAGUCAUCACCUUGCUGCCUACUACUCAUAACUACUCUGCUAUAAUAUCCACCAUGGCUGGUCUGCUAGUGCUGGACCUCAAGUCCAGGUUAAUACCUGGUCAGCCCUACAAGUGCCAGUUCUCAUUGCGCUCCCCUCGCCAUCCUUUCAUCUCGGUGCUAGAGAAGAAUAAAGAGAUGGAGGAUGAUGUACUGGCCAAGAUGCAUGCACUGUGCACACACCCUGAAUACACAGUAGCGUCCAACAGUCUAGAGUUACUGCGGCCAGUGUUCCUCUGGCUGACCUGCAGUCCACAUCGCAGCAGCAUCAAGCCCUGGCAGCUGUUACUGAGCUUGCCAUAUACCGAUGCUCAGUUUCAACUGCUAAUCGCUUGUAUUUCCUGCCAGAAGAUAUGCAGUUCAAAGCAGAUAGAAUACGCCUUUGCGGCUUACUCGGCAGUGACCGACGCAGCAAUAUACCAGGCAAGACGUGAGCACGUGGUUGCAUUUAUACCCGUGCUCGCGCGGAUAUGUGGCGAGUUAGUGACCCAUGGGCGCGAUCCCCGCGGGUGUUAUAAAUUGAUCGAGCGAUGCUUCGCGCUCGACACGCCGGAGCUGAAGAGCGUGGCGGGUUUGACACUCAUGCUGUUAGCCGACAACCUCACCAACACGUCCGCUUUGUACCUGCACGAACUAUUCAAUCUAUGUCUCAACAUAGUGAGUAAAUACGAGUACUCCAAAAUAUGUCUGAGCUCGUUCGUAGGGCUAUCCUUACAAUGGAUUCAUCUACCCUCUUACCUCACCAAUAACGCUCUUAGUGUCGCGUCCAAAAUACUUGACACUUUCCAGAACGACCAAAAGCAUGACACCGGUCUUUACAUGGCCAAUCUGAAGUCAAACGCAACUUUCAUAGAACUAGCGCAUUCGGAUAAAAGUUUAUACGUAUAUUUCAAGUUGUCAGAAACUUGGGAACGAUUGAGGGAUGACCCGGAUAAAUUGAGAAGCUGGUUCGAUGUUCUAACCAGCGUUAACGAUCAGUUGAAAUUGGAAAUGUUAACUUUCUUCGUCGGGGUUGUAAUGUAUGCGGAAGGAGGUGAAGAUUUGACCUUGACAGGUUUAAGAGCUAUCAUUGAUUUGGUGAGGGUUAAGAAGGAAGUGUCGGUGACAGUGCUUCCAGUGUUGCUGUACAAAAUGGCGAAUGAUACGCGGCCGAGUGUUAAACUGGAGUGUUUGAGGGGACUGCCUUUAAUGGCGACUACUAAGGAAAACGUUCCAGCUCUGGUAUCGAUACUCAACAAGUUGAAAGCCAACAAGGGCGUCCCCACUUCCCUUCUCAUAAUGCUUUACACCAGGCUCGCAGAGACACAGGUGCGUUGUUUUCCUUACCUGCAAGAGUUGCUAGUGGACUCCGGAGUGGGCAGGCCGGAUGACUUGAAGUGGGAAGUGGACGUCGCUAAAGCUGUCGCCGUCAAACGGAUAUGCGAGUUACGGGCGUCAAGCCACGGGCUGGAGCUGGUGGCGGUGAUUUCGGCCAUCCUCAACCGCUGCACGGAGCGCGCCGGCGCCGCGCCCACGGCGUUGGUGCUGGACGCGCUGGCCAGCCUGUGGCGCGCCAACGCCGUGGCGCCGCCCAGCACCUGGCGGGCGCUGGCGCCGCGGCUGGGCAGGGACUCCAGACCCCGAGUGCAGAUCAGUCUCUGCAAGUUGCUAGCCGAGAUCCCACCGCUCCGGGUAUCAACUCCAGAGUACGACAAACUAAUAAGGGACGCGGCGAGAAAACUUUGGCAAUAUAUCGCCGAGUCGAACCAACCCUCAGUUAUAGAAGCGGCUUGCAACGCGCUGGCAGAGUUCAAGGUCGACGAUUACAAGCUGAAGGAUAUUCCAGAGAUCUAUAGACGCACGGUGAAACUGCCGCCGGCAUAUUGCAAAACUCCUCUAGACGCGGUCAGGAAGCCUGAAGAUGUCCUCGAUUAUGUACCUUGUGAAGUCUGGCCAGAACUAUUCAAGUAUACAAAUCAAUCGGCGUUAAAUGGCGUGCAUCAACUGGUCACCAAGUUGAUGGAACGAGAGAUCAAAGGCUACAGGAGUGGAGUGUACCAAGUUGAGGCUCGGGAGCCUCAGAGUCUGGGCCAUAUGCCCGCUACCAGCGUGGUCCGCGGGAUGAUGGAGUGCUUCCGAAAGCAGGUGACUUCGCCGUCUUACGACUACCCAGAUUCGGCGCUUUUAGCAAUCCUCGAAGCUUUGACGGAAGAUUUCCCCAAACCUCUACCUCCAAUGGACCUUUGCUUCCUGCACGAGGUAUUCCAUCGGGGGUCGUUGUGGAAGGCGGGUUGUGUCAAGCUGGCUGCAAGGCAGGCGCACACUUCCGGAUCUGCGAAGCGGUUGAUCGAAAACUUUCUGCAGGGGGUCGGAUCGAGUAAUACUGGCAGUGAGGAAGCGGAGAUAAUGCUAUUCUUCGAUAACCUUCAAAUCCUUUGCCGAACUAUGGCCCCCAACAACUUGCGGCAACCUUUAGAGAUAUGCCUGGGGGACUCGUUCGCCGAAAUGCCAAGAAUCAAACCCAAGGACCUCGACCUUGAGGAGUUGCUGUUCAUAAAGCAGCUGAAGAUGGUCAAACAAUGUCUGGAGAGCGACAAAAUACAUGACGCGAACAGGACUCUGCUAUCUCAAAUAGUUGAGAACUACUUCUCCGUGGUGAAUGAUGAUCAUUUGGCCUGGCCGCUGUACGUGGAGACCUGUCGCGCUCUGUCCACGAAGUACCUGGAGCGGAUGACCUCGCCUACGGGGUGGUGGGAGGUGACCAGCGAGUUGCUGCGCAAGUCCAGUGCGGUGCGGAGCAGGCUGGCGUGCCUGAGUGACGUCACCGCGCCGCUGGUGUGGCUCAACGAGUCCAUAGACGCGCACGCUUCUAGUAUCACAGAGCAGGAAUAUUCUCUCCGCUGCAUGUUCCCUGCGCUGCAGAGAGCUGACAUCGGAGGCAAGGCCACUCGGGAAUGGUUCCAGCAACUGCUCGCGCGGACUCAAGUGGCAUUCAACGAAACGGACGACGAAAUGUCGAAGCUGUACCUAUGCGACGUGUUUUUCCUCACCGUGACGGUGUUCAGCGGCCACUGGGCCCUCGAGCCGGACGCCGACGUGCUGGCCAAGAGCGGCGCCGCGCGGCGAGCCUUGUUGCCGGCCGCCACGGCCUUCCUGAUGUCGAGAGACGGCUGGAAGGAUUGUACUGCACAGAUGCUGGAGUGGUUGUGCCACACGCGAGACCUCACGAAGCACCCGGAGACGGCGCGGGGCUGCCACCGGGCCAUGCUGGCUCUGCGCCACUCGGACCAGUUCACCAGCCAGGGCGUCUGGACCAGGAUAGAAACGAACUUUUGCAACACGACUAUUAACCUGGAUUAUUAGAAAAUUUAUUAUUACUAUAACUAUUUAAAAAAGUUGUUAUAAGUUAGCCUGUAAGUUAUAUUACUUAAAUAUUUAUGUGGUUUUGUAUGACCAAACUCCUAACAUAUAGGUAUA